AUGUCCGACCUAGUAUCUAUAACAGAAAGCACGAAUGGGCGGCCUAAUCCUCAGGACGACGCACGCAAAGAAGGAAGAAACAUUGUUACUGAAAAGAGCACCGUAUCUUCUGCCCAUGAAGGCUUUCAGCAAAGCUCAUCUGCGUUUUCGUCUCAGGACGGAAAUAAAAUUAUCAAAACCAGAGGUGUCACAAGAAUUGAGGUGGUCAAAGAAAAGAUGACAACCAAGGUCAAAUGGAUUCUGGCAGCUUCCGUUCUUUUAACAUCGUGGAUUGCUGCUUUGGAUGCCACAACAACGUAUAACUAUCAACCGUAUGCCACAUCCUCAUUCAACAGGCACUCGAUGCUAUCAACUUUGACAAUUGCAAAUUCUGUCAUUGGGGCUGUUUGUAAACCGUUUAUUGCCAAAAUCUCAGAUUUGAGUUCCAGACCUGUUACAUACUUUGUGGUGUUAGUACUAUAUGUUAUAGGUUUCAUCGUCACGGCUUGUUCCCCAACUAUUGGUGCGUAUGUGAUCGGUUCCGUUUUUAUUGCAGUUGGCCAGUCAGGUAUCAGUUUAAUGAACAUGGUCAUUGUAGCUGACACAACUUCACUCAAAUGGAGGUCUUUUGUCACCUCUCUAUUAGCGGUUCCUUACUUGGUUACCACUUGGAUCUCCGGUUACAUUGUCGAGAAUAUUAUUAGUAGCAACUGGAGAUGGGGGUACGGUAUGUUUGCUAUUAUUACACCAGUUGCUUUAACUCCGGCAAUUCUUAUUAUGGCCUACCUGGAGCACCAAGCUAACAAGACGGGGGAAAUUCCCGUUGGGUCCGAUCCGCUUUCCGAGAAGAAAAGAGAGGUUAAAGAAUCUGGUAUCAGUGGGUUCAAAGCGUAUUGGCAACUUCUGAAGACUUCUCUAAUAGAGAUCGAUGCAUUUGGUUUAGUUCUACUUGGCCUUGCUUUUUCUUUAAUCUUGCUCCCAUGCUCCCUGUACUCUUACGCUGAAGGUGGCUGGAAGAACCCAAGUAUGAUUGCCAUGGAAGUAUUUGGUGGCAUUUUUUUAAUUUCGUAUGUCAUCUUCGAGGUUUUCUUCGCACCAUUUCCGUUACUGCCAAAGAGAGUCUUAGUAAACAGAACCUUCAUUUGUUGUGUCAUCAUUGAUUUCAUCUACCAAAUGGGCGGCUAUUUCUCUCUUUUGUUCUUUACAUCUUACACCUUCGUUGUUUUGAAUUUAUCCUACAGAGACUGGGUCUACCUCUCAAACACUACCACUAUGGGUCUCUGUUUCUUUGGAGUAGUUUGGGGUGGCCUGUUCAGGUAUUUCCACCGUUAUAAAAUAUUCCAAGUCAUUGGUAUUGGUAUUAAAUUAAUCGGUAUGGGUCUUUACGUUGCAUGUUCCAAAAAGAGCGGUAGCCCAGGAAUUGGUCUCGUUGCUGCUGCGUUGAUUGUUACUAGCAUCGGUGACGCUGCUAACGUUAUGGGUACUCAAGUCGCAGCACAAGCUGCCGUCCCUCACCAAGAUAUGGCUGCAACUAUUUCCGUUUUGUCUCUUUAUACUUCGAUAGGUGCAGCUGUUGGUACGGCUAUUACUUCCGCUGUUUGGACCAAAGAAUUGCCUGGCGCCUUGUCCAAAUACGUUCCGAACAGUGAAAAGGCGAUCGCAUUUUAUGAGUCUUUAACUCUUAUCUGGCAAGAGCCAUGGGGCUCAGCAAACAGGGAAGGCGCUAUCGCAGCGUAUCAAGAGGUCAAUUAUACCCUGUUCUGCAUGGGUGUCGGUGUCAGUUCCAUCAUGUUUCUAGUCGCACUAUUCCAAACUAAUUUUUAUCUAGGUGACCAACAAAACUGUGUGGAAGGUGAGCAAAAGGAGGAUUACCAUCACAAUGCUAACGGUACCAAAAUGAAUCUAAUGAAUAGAAUGUUCGAUUUCUCCAAAUAG